CUUUCGUUCAUAUAAAACCCUAAUUCUCUCCACCGCGCCUCCAUUCAGAGCUUGUGGUCGAGAAGAUCAACAAUGUCGAAGCGAGGUCGCGGUGGUUCCGCCGGGAACAAGUUUCGGAUGUCGCUGGGUCUUCCGGUGGCUGCGACGGUGAAUUGUGCUGACAAUACUGGUGCUAAGAACCUUUACAUCAUUUCAGUGAAGGGGAUCAAGGGAAGGCUUAACCGUCUUCCUUCGGCUUGUGUUGGAGAUAUGGUUAUGGCGACGGUGAAGAAGGGAAAGCCGGAUCUUAGGAAGAAGGUCAUGCCUGCUGUUAUUGUUCGUCAGCGCAAGCCUUGGCGCCGAAAGGACGGUGUUUUUAUGUACUUUGAAGAUAAUGCUGGAGUCAUUGUCAACCCCAAAGGAGAAAUGAAAGGAUCUGCAAUAACUGGGCCCAUUGGGAAGGAAUGUGCUGAUUUGUGGCCAAGGAUUGCAAGUGCUGCUAAUGCUAUUGUCUAAGCUAUUUGGAGUGUUUUUGUUAGGUUGAGAAUUUUGGUAGAAAUCAAGACUUCAACUGUUCUUGUUCUUGUUUUGGUGCAAUGAAAUUUAUUGUCUUUUUCCUUUUACUUUUUCAA